GGUUUGAUGGGUAUCCUAAAAGUGCAGAUUUUAACAAGUAGCUGGAAUCGCAAUGGAAUCUCUGUUUCCUGGGCUUCCAGAUGAAAUUGGGUUGGAAUGCCUGUUGAGGGUGGAGUUGAAUUCUCAUCAUAAGCUCAAGUGUGUCUGCAAAAGCUGGAACGCCGCAUUGAAAAACCCCCAUUUUUAUCAAGAAAGGAAAAGAUUGACGAUUUCCGAGCAACGGAUUUGUAUGCUCGACCACAAAGGCAUAGUGGUAUACGACCUAGCGGAGAAGUCGUGCAGACGUCUACUGCCCAUUCCCGCACAAAUUGGAGACUCCUAUCACUGUCAUUUCGCGAAACAAAAAUUGGUUUUGAUCUCCGAUAGAAGUAAUUGUGUGUGGUUGUACGAUUUUACUUGUUCCAAAUGGCGGCAAGGUGCCGAAAAGCCCAGAUGGCCGAUUAGAUGCUUUGCCUCCGCAACGGAUGAACACAGGGGACUGAUUUAUGUGGCUGGAGGGAAAGACAAUUUUGCCAACUGGGUCCGUAGCGCUUCAGUUUGUAAUGUGGAGGAGGACAAGUGGAAUUUUCUCCCAGACAUGAACACCUACAUGGAGUACUGUGACGGUGUUUUUUCUGACGGCAAGUUUUAUGUCUACUCGGGGCCCCGGAUUGAGCCCACUUUUGAGGUCUUUGAUUCCUACACGAGAAGCUGGAAAUCUGUGGAGAAUAGAUUCAACAGAGUGUGUUUCCUAAGUGCAUUUGGGCGCUUGUAUUGCUUGUCUGUUAGGCAAUUGAUUGAAUAUGACUAUAGCCAAGAUAAGUUUCACAUUGUAGGGCCUCAUUCAAUGGAGUGGUGGGAACCACUUCUCUUCGCUGCAGAGGUUGGCCAUAACAUCUUUGUGGGCAGCAUGGAUUACGAUUCUGAUCAAACAUUUUUUACGCUUACACCUCCAAGUGAGACAGGAGGAGCAUUCAAGAGAAUUGGCAUUGAAAUACCAUCAGGCCUCCGGAAUAGUUUUUUUAUACGUGCGGCUACCCUGGAUCUUUGACUGUUUUUGAGCUUGGAUUCCGUUAAAUUGGUCAUUUUUUGGUUUCUUCAUUUAAAAAUAGGCGCAACAGUGUGUAUUAAAGCAGGGUGUCAUCUAUGAGAAGAAUUUGCUUAGCUACAUGCUUUUGCCCAAGUGGAAACAAUCAGAUUCUGUGACACAAGUAGCAAAUGAGUGCAGAUGCUCAAAACAACCAAGAGGUCCACAAUACAACUGAUUCAGAAAAGGCAAAUGCCAGAAUGAGCUUGGUCAAAUGAAAUUAGACAAUUUUCUAAAAUUUGAUACCUCCUCAGCUCUGCUUGAUUUUUCCAAAAUUAAAGUGUAAAAAAUUUGAUAACUUUGUUUUAGGAUUUCUAAGGUAUGGAUCAACAAAGGUUUAUAUUAGUGAUAAUUUUUUAGAGAAUUUGUAUUUUUUUUAUAGUCACAUACUUUUAGUUUAAAAAUUUUGGCAAUGUUUUUCAAUUUUGACGAGGAUUAUAGACCAAAUCGAUCUUGGAAUCUCUGAAAUGUAUCAUUAACUUGUCCAAUAUAAUAUAUUGUUUAUAUUUGUAAGGUUGCUUUUGUUGUUAUUGCCACCCCUUCAUUGGACCAUGUCCUUCAACUCUUAGUCAGUAGAAUUGAUAUUCUUAUGAUUGGCCUUGAUACUCUU